CAGCUUUCUCUACUAAUUACAGCUAGCUAGCUAUAUCAUGAUCAUGAUUCUUGCAUCGAACAUUCCAGCUGGAGAAUUAGAACAAGGAAACAAUUUUGCCAUGAUCAACUCUCUUCCUUCCGAUUUGUUGGUUGAUGUUCUUGCCCGGGUCGCCUCCUCUUCCUUCACCGACCUCUUCAACUCCAAACUAUGUUGUAGAGAUUUCAGAGGAGCAGCCGAGGAAGAAUGUGUCCUUGAGCAAGUAUCGAUGGUGGGAUUUCCAGUGAUUCAUCAAUGGCUGAAAUCCGAGAAAGUGAGUUGGUUCUUGAAGCGGUGCGUGGAGAUUGGAAAUCCGGAGGCCCUCUACAGACAGGGAAUGGUUGAAUACUUCAGUUCAUUGAGAAUGGAAUCAGGGCUUGAGAAGUUGAGGAUAGCAACAGAAAAAGGUCAUGUUGAAGCCUCAUACGUGUACGGUAUUAUACUAGUGUGUAUGGGUGGACAAUCAAGUGUAGAGGGGUUAAAGCUUCUAAAUGCCAUGAAGGGUAGUACUACUUCACAAUCAACUCGCUUCGCAACAUUCCAAGACUGUCGAAAAAGAAUUGAGGCCGUUAUUCGCACAAUGUGGAUCAACAACCACCUUGCGGGCCGACAAAGGAGAAGUUGCUGCCAUGAAAAUACAAGCAGAUUGAAGCAGACAUGGGAAGGGCGAAGCCAAGUGGAGGAUGAUGCGAGUUGCGAAGCGUGUAAAUGGGAUAGGGAAGUGGGCUUGUUUUGCGAUAUGUUGCGUUGAUUUCUUAUCGGAAGUCAAUGUAAGUUUGGUUUUGGGGCCAAAUUAAGUUUGUCUUUCUGAUAUAUCAUAUAUGGGUGCCAGCCUUUUG